CUACAACCAACAUCUUCGCUGCCACUGAAAUGUCUGACGACGAGGAUAUACGACGUGCAAUUGCUCUCAGUCUCGGGGAGCAGGAAAGACCUGUCAGCGUACCUGAAGACGAUGAGGAGGCGCAGUUUCAGGAGGAUCUUCAACGAGCUUUAGAAGCCUCAAGAGCCUCUAUAGGGACUGCUGCAAAGCCUAAUCCAGCAGCCCAGGCCGCGUCGGCGUCAUCGUUUUUGUCCGAACGUGCACAGCUGGAGAAAGCUCGGCUCGAGCGUCAGAAACGGUUGCGCGGGGAUACGGGAUCCGCUGAGGGAGAGGGUAGUCCAAGUUCAUCCAGUGCGCCCCCCGCAAAGAGUGCGACCGGAAUGGCAUAUACUGCUCCCAGCGGGAGUGAACCUUUGUUCUGGGACGGAGAGCUGAGACAAACUGCCAAUAAGCAUGUUGAUCCCAAGAAGGACACGCAACCUACUUUCAGGCUCUCUGAGAUUAUUGGGAAAAAGUCGGAGUUAUCGUUUGCGCUUGUAUCCUCGUACGCGUUGAUGCUGCCAUGGUUAUAUGAGUUCUUCAAUCCUUCAACGCCGGUUAUCCUUGUCGCGCAACCGGAUCACUCAGGCCAUGAGAGCAUCCGCAACGUCCUGCCGAACUGGGUUAUGACUACACCAUUCUUGAGGAACGGGAGAGGCUGCAUGCAUAUCAAAUUCAUGCUCCUCUUCUACAAGACUGGAAGACUACGAGUGGUAGUCACGACCGCCAACUUCGUAGAUUUUGACUGGCGAGAUAUCGAGAAUACCGUAUGGUUACAAGAUAUACCUCUCCGAUCAUCCCCUAUUCCCCACGAUCCCAAAGCAACUGACUUUCCGGCCGCUUUCGAACGAGUCCUGAAGGCUCUGAAUGUCCGCGCCGCACUGGAUAACAUGCUCAAGACCGAUCAUCCAAAUCUCCCUGUCAAGUCCAUACAGGACAUCCGAUGCCGAUGGGACUUCUCUAAAGUCAAAGUGAAACUCGUUGCUUCGUUAGCAGGCAAACAUGAAGGGUGGCCGAGCCUUAUCCUGACGGGCCAUACAGGCCUAAUGAAAGCCUUGCGUGACCUCGGACUGCACGCGCCAAAGGAUAAGGACGUUGUCCUGGAGUGUCAAGGCUCGAGUAUCGGGACAUAUUCGACGCAGUGGAUGAAUGAGUUCCACUGUUCGGCUCGAGGAGACUCGGCCGAGGAGUGGCUUGACCAGCCCAAGAGCAGGCGAGCGAAACUGCCCUGGCCGCCUGUAAAGAUACUGUUCCCUAGUUUGCAGACGGUUCGGCAGAGUGUAUUGGGAGAGAACGGAGGAGGAACGAUGUUCUGUAGGAGAAACCAGUGGGACGCCGCCAAGUUUCCUAGAGAGUUGUUUCACGACUCUCGGAGCAAGCGCGGGGGCGUGCUGAUGCACACCAAGAUGAUUAUCGCGACUUUCCGAGAUAAAAGCCAGUCAACGCUGGCUAGUUCUUCCAGAGGAAAGCAGCGACCUCUAGACGUGGACUCUGGAAGCGAGACCGAAGACAGUGACAUCGUCGAAGUGGACCCCUCAGAUGCAAAGCGAGAUUAUGCCGGAUGGGCCUACGUGGGCUCUCAUAACUUCACACCUUCAGCUUGGGGCACUCUAUCAGGUUCCGCGUUCACUCCUAUACUGAACAUUACGAAUUACGAGAUGGGGAUUGUGUUCCCAAUUAAGACGAGUAAGGACGUUGAUCGCGUCGCAGCUUGGGAGCGUCCCCCUUGCAAGUAUGAGUCGGGUAAGGACGUGCCAUGGAUGCAAGACGAAUCAUCGAUCCUGGCUGACUAGUCCAUCCAUUUCUGUUUUCCGCGGUUUGGAUACUGUUUCAUUUCCUUGUUCGCUAGAUCAGAAUCAAACUCAUCGCAUUUACGGCGCCCAUGUUCUACCGUGAUACGACGAG